ACUGGUCAGUAGUAGCCUAUAAUGUGAGAUAGGCGGGCUCCUUAUCAGUUGUUUUAUAGAUCGGCGAGCUGCGCAUGCGCACUAGGUGCGCAGAAACCACCACAAUGAACACAAAGAAAAAUAUAUUUUCGGAAAAAGAAGAAAAUAGUUAAUAUCCAAUGUGUAGCAUACUCUAUCAUUAUCACUGUACCUCUAAUUAGAACAUUCCUGUAGGGAUCGGUAAGGUUUUUUCUUGAGAUAAGUCCUUGAAUGCCUUUUCACGUGAAAGAGCGUUUAUAAGGAGUUCAGUCUUAGAAACCUCUGGGCACUUUUAGAAGCGAAAAUAAACGUAGAGGAAUUAUCUGUAGUGUCCCGACAAUUAUAGUAGCCAUUAAAAAAAUGACAGCAUACACAUUACCGGAGGGAUUCUCCGAUUUUGACAUGUUUGCAUUCGGUUCAGCUCUUCUUGUUGGGGGUCUUCUUGGAUUCUUCCUCAACGCCAUUUCAAUAUUGGCCUAUAUUAGCGUAAAGCAAAUGCGAACUCCCAGUAAUUUUCUUGUGUUUAACCUCGCUGUGGCUGACAUCGUGCUCAAUUUAAACGGCCUGAUCGCUGCUUACGCCAGUUUAUUUUAUAGACACUGGCCCUGGGGCCAAGACGGAUGUAGCAACCACGCCUUCAUGGGGAUGACAGCAGUUCUGGCCUCUAUCAGUUUCCUGGCUGCCAUCGCCUGGGACAGAUAUCACCAAUAUGUGACCAAUCAGAAGCUGUUUUGGAGCACGGCCUGGACUAUUUCAAUCAUUAUCUGGGGGUUGGCCAUCAUCUGGGCGGCCGUCCCUCUGAUUGGUUGGGGAGUUUAUGACUUUGAGCCCAUGAGGACCUGCUGCACACUAGACUACACCAAAGGAGACAUGGACUACAUGACCUAUAUGGGGGCCCUGACGGUCUUCUACCUUAUCUUCCCUGCUUAUGUCAUGAAGUCCAACUACGACGCCAUUCACGCAUACUUCAAGACGAUCCACAAGCACAGGUGGAACACCAGCAUACCACUGAGGGUUCUGUUGUUCUGCUGGGGACCCUACGAAAUCAUGUGCAUCUACGCCUGCUUUGGCAACGCCAGACUGGUCUCUCCAAAGCUGAGAAUGUUGCUUCCUGUUUUGGCGAAAACGAAUCCUAUUUUCAACGCGUGGCUCUAUUCCUUUGGGAAUGAGUUCUACAGAGGAGGGGUGUGGCAGUUCCUGACUGGCCAGAAGUUUACUGAGCCGGUCGUUGUGAAGUUAAAAGGAAGAUAAAGGAAGUUUUCCAUUCUGACAUUCUAAUUCCAUGGUUACACUACUGUACAGGCCAUGGAAUUAGAAUGUUCCAUUCUCACAUUCUAAUUCUAUGGUUACACUACUGUACAGGCCAUGGAAUUAGAAUGUUCCAUUCUCACAUUCUAAUUAUAUGGUUACACUACUGUACAGGCCAUGGAAUUAGAAUGUUCCAUUCUCACAUUCUAAUUAUAUGGUUACACUACUGUACAGGCCAUGGAAUUAGAAUGUUCCAUUCUCACAUUCUAAUUCUAUGGUUACACUACUGUACAGGCCAUGGAAUUAGAAUGUUCCAUUCUCACAUUCUAAUUAUAUGGUUACACUACUGUACAGGCCAUGGAAUUAGAAUGUUCCAUUCUCACAUUCUAAUUCUAUGGUACAGGCUAUAUCCAAACAACAUCCUCAUCAUGCACUCUCAUUGCAGUAGGUUUCACAUUGGAAGAAUGGUAUUUGUACAAGGUGGUGAACUUAAUGUUAAUUGUUUAUUUAGCUGGCUUGGGAAACCAUGGGUCCAAUGUAGCUUGUCAAUAGCGGUAUGGUGGCUGACUCUCCAUUCAAAUAGACUUUGGGGAGAAGCACCUGCUAUUAGAUUGAAGGAUGUCUCAUGAUUGACUAGACAUAGGACACUCAGUGACCUACGUUGUAAUACAAAUACCACAGUAGUCUUAAUGCCAUGUUCAUGCUGAGGGAUUUGAAGGUAAUACGAUCAGAGAUCAACUUAAAAGUGGACCAAACUUAAGGUUCAAGCCAUGUUAAUGUAAUGCCGUUUUUUAAAUAUUUUUUUAUAGCCAAUAGCUUUACUUCUAGAAGUUUCCCUGAUGUAUCCCUCCAGCACUGUAAUAAACACAGCAAGGUAUUCUGCCAGGCAGCCGCUCUUCAA